UUGCCCUAACAAGUUGUCGCAGGGCAUUUCAAUUUUCACCCAAUUUUGAAUUUCCCAUUAAAAUUUCUCAAUCUGCCAUUUUCACUUUCGUUAUUCUUCGUACAGUACAGUGAUUCUUCGAAAGCCGAGAGAAAUGCCACUGAAGCUACUGGACGCCAACCCCUCCAAUUUCAAUGCUGUAUUCGACAAAUUCCGAUCGGAACUGCCAAACAACAAGGCUAAUUUCAUCCUCUUCUUGGCUGACAACGACCCUUCCACCUCUCUCAGCUGGUGCCCUGACUGUGUGAGAGCUGAACCAGGCAUCUACCGAAAACUGGAAGCAGCAUCAGAAGAUAUUGCACUUCUGAGAGCCUACGUUGGAGAUAGACCAACUUGGAGGAAUCCCCAGCAUCCCUGGAGGGUGGAUUCUAGGUUCAAGCUUGCUGGAGUUCCGACGCUGGUCCGAUGGGACGAGAAUGAUAAAAUCAGUGGCCGCCUUGAAGAUCAUGAAGCUCAUGUGGAGCAGAAAAUUGAUGCCCUUAUUGCUGGUAAAUAAAAUGUUACUGUCUGUUCAAUAAAAUAUUGAGGAACUUUAUAUGUAAUAUCUCAGUUAGAUCGGUAAGGAUUAUACAUUGCUAUCCAAUAAAUUAAACUACAUGAGCCUUCAAUUGGUAACAUCAGAUUUACUUGUAAUGCAAUUCUCCAGAGGUAUUAUAUAUUUCUCCUGAAAAUUUCUCCAUAA